UAUUACACACACAUUAUUAUUCAUAAUAAUAAUUCCUAAAUCUUCUAUCUACCAACUAUAUAUAAACUCUGCUCAGACCAAACUCUACUAAAACUAGUAGCUUUGCAUUUAUAUUUCCAUAACCCCCCUUUUCCCCUCUUCUCCCUUCCAUCUUUGCAUAAAUUACUACACAUUCCGGGCCGGGUAACCCAAUUCCAACAUUUCCUCGAUCAUCAAAAAGUAGUUAUUCACUCACAAUGUUGCAACCCGGAAUACAUAUGGAGACUACCACUACAUUCUCCGACCCAUGUACCAUUCAAACCGGAUUAUCCGAACCAAACCCAAAAAGACUCAAACGUGUCCAAGAAACUGACCCGGAAGAUGAUCUUACAAAUACAAAUGUACAUGUUAGUACUACUACAACUAGUAGUUGUAACAAUAAAACAAAUAGUACUAAUAAUAGUAAGCAUCCGGUUUAUAGGGGAGUUCGGAUGCGGGCAUGGGGAAAAUGGGUAUCCGAGAUCCGAGAACCCAAGAAAAAAUCUCGAAUCUGGUUAGGUACAUUUUCCAACCCGGAAAUGGCUGCACGUGCACAUGAUGUGGCCGCACUUUCUAUCAAAGGCAAAUCAGCAAUCCUUAACUUCCCCGAACUCUCGGAUCUUUUGCCCCGACCCGAAUCAUGUUCACCACGUGACAUUCAAGCAGCCGCCACCAAAGCAGCUUCAAUGGAACACCUAUUCAUUAACAUCACCCAACCGCCGCCGUCCACGCCUUCCACGUCAUCAUCUGAUGAAUCGACAACAUCAUCGUACUCGUCCACGUUGACAUCCUCGUCGUCGACAACCUCGUUGGUCACGUCGUCUGAUAAUGAAGUCUCGACGGCUCCGGCGCCGCAAGUAGAAGAGCAGCAGCUGUGUGAGAUAGUUGAGUUGCCGAGUUUAGGACCGAGUUGUUACGACUCGGUGGGUGAGCCAAGAAAUGAUUUUGUGUUUCUUGACUCGGUUUGGGAUUAUUAUUCACCAGCAGCUGCGCCACCGUGGACGGAGGAGUAUAAUUUCGCCGGAGAGACACCUUUUUAUUCUUCUUCCGGUGGGUUUUUGUCUGAUGCCUUAUUAUGGCAAGUUUAGUCUAUAUAUAAUAUACUAAUAAAUAUAUAUUAAAUAAAUAUAAAAAAAGAUCUCACAAAGAAAAUAUGGUUUGUGUGGUUUUUCUUUUUCUUUGGGAUUUGCUUGGCUUGUUUGUUGUUUUUAAUUUGUUUAUGAUACUUAUAUUUUAAUCUCAAGUUGUUGAUUCUCUGUU